AUGCCCAUGGAGGAUGGUCAUGACCAGUGUGUGCACUGCUUGGGACUGGCCAGCCAGGACCCCACAUUCUGCAUGAAUUGUUUCAUCCUGCCAGCUAGAGUGAGGGAGGCUAGGGCUCGAGUGUUUCCUGUCACACAUCCAGCCACUCUCACUGGGCCUGCAAAACGGCCAAGAAGGGUAGUUUUGCAUGACCCAGAAGCACAAUCUCCUCAUCCCUCUGGAGGGGGUGUCAGGGCACGAGUGGCGAUGCCUCCUCCUGCAGCUACGGUUGCAGCCCCGCCUACUGUCCAGCACACUGCCCCCAUCUGGCAAGGGCUCGAAGAGCUACACCUGGUCUCCCCCAUGUCAGAUGCGUCUGAUGAAGGGGACAUUGACAUCUUGGGCAUUGACCCUGAGGACGAAGCCCUCCUCCCUGUUCAAGCUCGGGCCGCGUGGCAUUGGGGGUUGACAUGCCAGCAGACCAAGGACAGAGGGCCUCCCGGUCUGUGCAGAAGGCUGGCAGGUGUGCAUGGUCGAGAGAGGAUUGGCUGUGGACCUCCUCCUCCCAUGGAUCAGGCUUUGGGGCCCUUGAUGUCCCCCACUAAGUCAGUGUUGGGGACACCGACUUGCCCGAGUAGGAACACCAAGAUGAUGGAUGCCAUGCUCAAUAAGCUGCAUGGGGCUAUGGCCAUACAGGGCAGGUUGGUGAACACUGGGGCUAUUCUAGCCUUGUACCAACGCCAGCUGGCCAGCCAGUUAGGGGGAGACUCCAACAUUUCUGCAGAGGUGCAGCAGGUGUCAUCUCUUUUGGCCAAGUUGAUGAAGGAGCAGGCGGUGGCGACCGGUAGGGCCCUGGCCUCGCUCUGUAUGGUGAGACGCCAUCUCUGGCUGUCUCAGUCACGGUUACAGGGGGAAGACCGGGCCCGUCUACUCAGGCUGCCUGUGGUCCCCUCUGCUAUGUUUGGACCAGAUGCCAAGGCAAUGCUUCAGCAGGCUCAAGAAGCCCGCCAGUGUGCUAAAGAGAUGUCUGGUAUGCUCCGAUGGGGCGUGGCCAGCAGGUUUCACCAGCCCCACAGCCAGGACCCCCUCAAUCAAGAUCUGCUGCUUCCAGUGAUCUACGGGUCCGUCUGGAGGCCAGCCGACGUGGUAGAGCUAGACGCGGUCAGCGGAGUAGGCACGGCCGGGGCCAGGGGCCCCCCAAGCCACCCACUUCUUCCUGACAAUUAUCAGCACCCUGUCUCCCCAUGCCACCUCCUAGGCCAGUGCAAACUGCCCUGGGAGACUCUUGGGGCAGACCCCUGGGUGGUUUCCACCAUGACUCAGGGUUAUCGACUGCAAUUUCUGCACCCUCCCCCUCUGACUCAGUCAGCCACCUUUACACUGGUGGCAGAUCCUCAGCGCAGGGAGGUGCUUGCAGCAGAGAUCUACACGCUUUUAGCGAAGAGAGCCAUCAGGGAAGUGACUCUGGACAAUCCUCAGGCGGGGUUUUACUCACGUUACUUCCUCAUUCCCAAGAAGGAUGGGAGACUGAGGCCAAUUUUGGAUUUGAGGGGAUUGAACAAGUUUUUGAGGCCCCUACGUUGCAAGAUGUUGACUGUGCCACGGGUUCGACAGGCCAUCCUCCAAGGCGUCUGGAUUGCCACGAUAGACCUGGAGGAUGCGUAUUUUCAGAUCCCGAUAUGGGAAGGGCACAGACGUUAUCUCAGGUUCGCCUUCAACGGCAGAACCUUCGAGUUCUGUGUCCUCCCAUUUGGCAUAUCACUUGCCCCCCGCACGUUCACAAGGUGUAUGGAUGCUGUACUGGGACCCUUGCGUUGGGAGGGUAUUCGCAUCCUCAAUUACUUGGACGACUGGCUGGUGUGUGCUCACUCGGAGGGGCAGUGCCGCAGAGAUGUGACUCGUCUCCUGCAGCACUUAGAGUACCUAGGCCUGCACCUCAACAGGAAGAAGAGCAGGCUCCAGCCAUCACAGUUCACGGAGUUCCUAGGCAUGUGUUUGGAUGCCAGGGCAGGGGCUCUUUCCUUGACUCCUGUGAGACAGGCCACCCUCAGGACUUGCCUGUCCCAGUUCCGGCUUGGGGCCAGAGUAUCCUGGAGGCUAUGUCUCCGCCUCUUGGGGUUAAUGGCAGCCACAGUGCAUGUCAUACCUCUGGCUCUUCUGAACAUGCGCCCGGUGCAGCGCUGCCUCCUGGGCCUUGGACUUUGCCCACGGAGGAAUCUGCAGACCAGCGUAUUGGUGACGCGCAGACUGUGUGUGGCUCUCCGUUGGUGGCAGCGGCCGACCAACUUAGUACGUGGGAUGGCACUGGGGCCUGUGUUGCAUCGCCAGGUGGUGUCAUCAGACGCAUCCCUGGUAGGCUGGGGGGCUGUCCACGAAGGCAAGGGCGUCAGCGGCCUUUGGCACGGACCCUGGUUAGCGCAGCACAUAAAUGUGUUGGAGCUGCAGGCUAUCCAUCUGGCUCUUCUGCAUUUCCUACCAGUGCUGCAGGACCGCCAUGUGCUGAUGAGAACAGACAGUACAGUAGCGGUGGCAUAUAUCAACAGGCAAGGGGGUCUAGGUUCCCUUCGCCUAUGCAGAUUGGCUCGGAUAAUAUUGCAAUGGGCUCAUCCCCAAUUCAAGUCCCUGAGGGCCACAUACGUGCCAGGUCGGGAGAACCUUGCUGCAGAUCGGCUCUCCAGGGGAGGACCUCUCCCCGGAGAGUGGCGGCUACAUCCAGAGGUGGUGAGCGGAAUAUGGGAUCGCUACGGCACAGCCGUGGCAGAUCUUUUUGCAUCCAGGGAGGAUACUCAUUGUCCCCUGUUUUUCUCCAUGGGGAGGGACGAUCCUCCCUUAGGGACAGAUGUAAUGGCACAUCAGUGGCCACUGGGCCUCCUGUAUGCCUUCCCUCCCUUCAUCCUCCUGCACCAACUCCUACAGAGAGUCCAGGUAGAGGAGGUGAGCCUCAUCCUGGUGGCCCCGAAUUGGCCCCAGAUGAUUUGGUUUGCCGAGAUUCCACCCCUUUUUCAGGGCCAACCGUGGGAGCUUCCCAUUCGCCGAGACCUCCUGUCCCAGGCCGAGGGAACUCUUUUUCACCCUUUAUCCCAAGGCCUAAGGCUUUGGGCCUGGCCCCUGAGAGGGCCGAAUUUCUAG